AUGCCGGAGACCGACCGCUUCGACUGCCAGUUGUGCGAUCUGGCGAAUAACAUCGACGACAUGGUGCAGUGCGAAGGUUGCGGCAAGUGGUUCCACUACGGAUGCGUGGGUUUCGACGAUGGCAAGAAGGAGGAACACUGGAAGUGCCAAGGAUGUGUUGCCAAAUCAACUCUCGGCGGCGGCGAAGGAAACUCCAGUGCCCAGGUCAGUAGCGAGCAGCAGCAAUCGAACAGCUUCCCCCGAAGAGGAGAGUCGCUCGGGGAUGUCGCUCGGCUUAACCUCGAAUUGCUGGAGGAGCGAAAGGCGUUUCUGCUGAAGGAAAUCGAGCUACAACAAGCGGCCCAGCUGGAACAGCGGAAGUUGCAACUGGAGAAGGAAGUCUGGAAGGCAAGAUACGACAUCGUAAACGCGAGGAGUGAAGCAGCCAGCAGCGAAGGGAAUACCAGUGGCCUUGGAGACUGGAUGCAUCGACUGAAUCAGUUCGCCGUUAGCCAAUUUCAGCCAAUUUCUGUGGCGGCGAGUGCGGUGACGGUUCCGACAACGAUCUCUGGAACAAAACCACCACAUUCCACUGUUGCACAUUGGACAAUCGUGUCGCUCUUCGGGACAGAAUCAGGUGCAGUUUCCCAACCGACGUCCAGCCAAGCGAUUCAUCAACAAAGCCACCUUCCGACGAGCGUUCAUCCGAUGGGACAAGCUACCAGCUUCAUGCACGACUUCCAGCCUGGAGGAGGGGCAAACCGUCCGGGAUCAUCGACGCCGAUCACUACAGCCAAUUGGGUCAAUCCAGUGACGGGUCUCACCAGCUCCACCCAAGCUCUACCACCAUCCAUCAGCUCAGUCGGACAGUUCGUUAACUACCCGAUGCAAUCGGUACACGUAAGUCAACCAUACCAGGUAACGACUAGCUUAGGACGCGAUCUGGAAACAAUUCACAAGUUGUUCGAAAAACGGCCCUCGUCGGCGUCGGCGUCGAGAAACGACAACGUGGAAACUGGUUCGAAGCAUGGUCAUGACAACCCAGCCAUGACCGGUAGCGAGGAUGAAAUUGUGCCAUGUAGUGAUGUUAGGAAAGUUGACACUAAGUUCUAG